AUGGGUGGUGACGGAGGCAGCAUACCUCGUCGUGAUGAUCUUGUUAAGUCAAAAAAGAAGCAAGAAGUUGCUAAUCGGGAGGCAGCUAACAUGGCACUCUGGAAGCACUGUUCACUUACACAAGAUCCUCUUCGCCAACCUGUGGUUUCCUGCUUGCUAGGAAGACUUUACAACAAAGAGUCCGUUAUCAACAAGCUCCUGACUAAAACGAAGGGAGAUGGUUUCUCCGACCACAUUAAGAAGCUCAGAGAUGUGAAAGAGUUACGUCUGAGUGUAACAACUAAUGGCACUACUACCCUGGACCCACAGUUAUUUUACUGUCCAGUAACAGGUCUUGAAAUGUCUGGCAUUUAUCCUUUCGUGUAUCUUUGGGGCUGUGGUUGUGUAUUCUCAAAGAAGGCUCUCACAGAAGUUAGCAGUAAUUUAUGCAUGCUGUGUGGAACACCAUUCAUUCGUGAUGAUGUUAUACUAAUAAACCCACAAACCGAGGAAGAGAUUGAAGCUGCAAAGACACGACUGGCCAACUACCAAACGAAACCUAAAGCUCGCAAACGGUCUUCAACCAACAAUGUUCCUGAACAAUCAGACUCCACUGAAGGCUGUAGUAACAUCCCAACAAAGAAACUCGCAGUAGAGAAUGAAAGUUCCGAAAGUAACAAGAGAACUGAAUCAUCAUCAGAAUCGAAAAAAUCUACCACAGACAUUCAACCAGAAGCAGAAACUUCAGUUCCCAAUAAAUCUAUUCAAGAGGAUCCUAAUGUUAGCUCUGUGUAUAAAUCACUGUUUAAUACCUGUGAAGAAGCUAAACGUCAACCAAAACCUCAUUGGGUUACUUUUAAUCCACUUUAUUUUAGAUGA